GGCGGCGGCUGCAGUCGCACCGGGAGAGCGCAGCGGACGGGACCUCCGCCCGACAGCUGCAACGACACACAGAUCCAGAGGUGCGGUGGAGCGACACCUCCCCCCACUGAGUGCGCGCUGACUCCCCCGAGGACCGCCGGUGACAGUUACCGGGGUUACAUGAGCAAGUAAAUGCGUAUCAGGAACGGAUUUUCCUAUUCGCUCACCAUUGUAGUCCGUUUGUAAUGCGUAUUAACUCUGCUCAUGUAACCCCGAGCAAUGAAGAGGUCACGGUGUGACAGAGCGCGCCAUGUUGGAGGGUCUGCUGACGGCGCCGCUGGCGGCGCUCCGCUGGCUCUGCUCGCCGCUCCCGCUGACGGUAAUAGUCCUUAUCGUCGCGUUUGUUUACUAUAUGCUGACCAAGAACUUUGACUAUUGGAAGUCGCGCGGUGUGCCUGGACCGCGACCAUGUCUGCCCUGGGGAAACGAGUUCGGACCGCCGUUCACGAAGGUGGGUGAAUUCGACAGCUGGCUCUAUCACAAGCACGGAGGAAAGAAGUAUUGUGGCUACUUUGAGCUCAGAAAGCCGGUGCUUUUCGUGGGAGAUCUGGAGAUGAUUAAAGCCAUCACUAUCAAAGACUUCGACCACUUUACCGAUCAGCGCGACCAGCUCGGAAAUGAUCUUUUCAAAGAGAUGCUGAUCAUUCUUAAGGGCGCCAAGUGGAAGGAAACACGUUCCGUGAUGUCUCCAACCUUCUCAGCUAGCAAACUAAAGGCGAUGUAUCAGCUGACACUGGAUAACGCUCAGAAUCUGCUGAAGUACAUUAACGCUCAGCAAGUAGACAAGGGUGAGGUUGAGAUCAAAGAAGCCUUCGGGAAAUUCACGAUGGACAAUAUUGCAGCUAGCGCUUUUGGGAUCAACUGCAACUCUUUCACCGACCCAAAUAGCAAGUUUGCGGCCAUGUCGGCAAGUCUGAGUGACUUCGAUCCACUAUCUAUGCUUCAAUUCAUUGUCCAGGGUGUCUCAGCAAAGCUCGCCGCCCUGAUCCCCACGCCCGUUGACAAGGCUGGCGAGUUUUUCCGAAGCGCAGUCUUGAAGACGAUAAGUCAUCGCGAGAAGAACCCCAGCUCCACCCGCGACUUCCUCCAGCUGCUGAUGGACACCAAGGACAAGGAUGGCAAGCGGAUCCUUUCGGACAGCAGCAUCGUGGCGCAGUCGAUCCUGUUUCUGUUCGCCGGCUACGAAACCACCGCCACGCUACUAACGUUCGCCGCCUACUGCCUGGCGCUGGACCAGGAGAUCCAGCAGCGUGUCCAGCAGGAGGUCGACGACGCCGUCGAGCGUCACGGCGGCCUCACCUACGAGGCCGUCAUGGACAUGCCGUACCUGGACCGGGUGAUCUCGGAGACGCUGCGUCUCUACUCGCCGGCGCCGCGCACCGAGCGCGUCUGCACCAAGAAGUACACGCUGCCCGGCUCGGACCUGGUCAUCGACGUAGGCACGCUCCUAGCGAUACCCGUGCUUCCCAUCCACCGGGACCCGGAGUACUACCCGGACCCACUGCGGUUCGACCCGGACCGCUUCCUGCCCGAGGAGAAAGAGAAGCGCCACCCGUGCUCCUACCUGCCGUUCGGCAGCGGGCCGCGCAAUUGCAUCGCCAUGCGGUUCGCGCUGUUCGAGGCCAAGGUGGCGCUGGUCACUAUGCUGCGGGAGCUGACGCUGAAGCCGACGCCGCAGACGCCGCCACACCCGAUGCCGCUGGAUAAGAAGGCGUUCCUGGUGAGCCCGGAGGGAGGCCGUGUGCCGCUCUGCGCCGUCCGCAGAGAGUGAGGGGCCAGGAGGAGAGUCAACAGAGGCGGUCACCAUCGGACGGCGUCGGAAGAGGCUGCUCGCAGCGGUCGGCAGUGGGAUCAGCACUGAUCACCGCAUAUUUGAUAAAACUGACGGGAACAGGGUAGUUUCAGGGGCCUGAUGCGUAUAACCCAACGCUUGUAUUAUGACUUGGUAGCUCGGAAAUGCCCUGGUGGCUUGUGAAAUACGCUAUCGACUAAUGAACCAAGCUAUCGUGAUAUCUGAGCCUGACAUUUAUCAUAUGAUGAUCAUCUUUCUUCAUUUACCAAUAAAAGAUUGCAUUGCACUUGUGUGCCGUCUUCUUUAUGCUAAGUAGGGGUAGGUAUGCCUUUUCACAUGUACGGCCCUCCAGCAAAAGAGUGGUUGGUUAGCCUAUGUGCUUUUGGUGUAAUAUCUUUGAAUGACAGAGACACUCCUGUAAAAUGACUCAAUAUAAAUGAGAAGAGG